GUAGAAAAAGAAGGUUGACGUGAAACGUACAAUAAAGGGAAGAGACAUGAGUGCCGAGAAGCAGCAAGAACAACAGCAGGUGACGACGACGCCUCUACUUGCGCAGCCAGAAAAGCCUGUGCUAUCAGAGGAAAAGAAAGCUUCGUUGUGUUCGCAAUGUGACGAGUACAAACAGUGGAUGACACAGUACUCGCCAACUGUGAGGUUUAUGUUUGAUCAGAUCAAGCAAGCCGGAGGCUAUGUAUCUCCUAACAAGAUCAACUGCCAGAUUUGCGAGGACCCUAAGCUUGGGGGAUUUCAUCCAGAUCUUGGUAUCCAACUCUGCGCCAACUAUAUACCUGAUAAAUGGGUGUUGAACGACACUCUUUCACACGAACUGAUCCACUGGUACGACAAUACUAGAUUCAAGGUGGACUGGAUGAAUUUGAAGCACCAUGCAUGUAGUGAGAUUCGUGCUGCCAGUUUAAGUGGAGAGUGUGCCAUUAUGACCGAGUUUUGGAAGAAUUCGGGGGUGAUGAGAAUCGCCAAGGGACAUCAAGCAUGCGUAAAGCGUAGGGCUGCUUUGAGCGUUGUUGGACAUCCCAAAUGCAAAGAUAUGGAGCAUGCCAAGGAGGUUGUGGACGAGGUGUUCAGAUCUUGUUUUAACGAUACCAGGCCUUUUGAGAUGAUCUAUAGGUGAGCAUUUUUUUCGUUAUUUCUUUCCUGCUUGUACAAAGGAUCUGUGACCAUUAAUAUGUGAAAGGAAUACAUAGAAGUGUGUAUUUAAAUCUAUUCUUAUUUCAAAGAAAAAACAUAUAUGUAUAUAUUAGAGCCACUGUUAGCUUACCUCAAGCAUCUACGCUCUUUUUCAGAACACCAAGUACAUUGUGCACAUCAAACUUGGGCCAAAAACGACUCCAAACCAAAAAAUACAAUUUCCC